CUAAGAUCUGCCUCACGCCACAAAAUAGAAAACCGGACUAUGUAAACCCAAAUGCCGAGUGUUAUUGAUAACAUGACACAGGAGAGGUGAUAUUUAUAAAUCAAGGUCACAAACCUAUAGAAGAUGUCGGGGGAGCGGAGGAAUUCCAAAUCUCGUGUGAAGUUUACUGUUGGUAUGGAAAGUGUGGAUGAAGACAGUGAAUCGCAGUUCACUACAGAGCAAUCUACAGAUGUUUCCCCCUCAGACAGUAGAAAGGAUGAGCCUUCCCUUGAGGCACCUCCAAGUUCACAGCCAGAGGCUCCGGCAGUCAUUCCCAGGCUCAAAGAUGAACACACCUGUUUGUCCCAUCACUUAGCUGAUAUAGUGGAAUUAGACAUCAGACAUUCCAUGUCAGGGGCAGAUAACCUUGACACCAGGGGGCGCCGUUCCGUCUCCUACCCCAAGGAUUUUUGUGUAGCAACCCCUGAGGAAUUUGUCAAAAGAUUUGGAGGCAACAGGGUUAUCAACAAGGUUCUUAUAGCCAACAAUGGCAUUGCUGCUGUCAAGUGCAUGCGUUCUGUCCGGAGGUGGGCUUACGAGAUGUUCCGUAAUGAAAAGGCUAUCAGAUUUGUUGUCAUGGUUACGCCAGAAGACUUGAAAGCAAAUGCAGAGUACAUCAGGAUGGCUGACCAGUAUGUGCCAGUACCGGGAGGCACAAACAACAACAAUUACGCCAAUGUAGAUGUCAUUCUUGACAUUGCCAAGAGAACAAAAUCACAGGCCGUGUGGGCAGGUUGGGGCCAUGCCUCAGAGAAUCCUAAACUCCCGGAUUUGCUCCACAAAAAUGGAAUCACAUUUAUUGGUCCCCCGGAGCACGCCAUGUGGGCCCUUGGAGACAAAAUUGCGUCCUCUAUUGUGGCACAGACAGCCGGGGUACCCACCCUACCAUGGAGUGGGAAGAACCUGACAGUGAGUUGGACGGAGGCUGACAAGGCCCAAAACAAAGUAAUCUCUGUGCCACAGGACGUCUACCAGAAAGGUUGUGUGGAAGAUAUGGAGGCUGGACUGAAAGCAGCCGAGGAUAUUGGCUUCCCUGUGAUGAUCAAGGCCUCAGAAGGGGGCGGUGGCAAAGGCAUAAGGAGGGCAGACAAUGCUGCUGGCUUCCCAAACCUCUUUAGACAGGUCCUGACAGAAGUACCUGGCUCACCUGUGUUCAUCAUGAAACUGGCCAUGCAUGCCCGCCAUUUGGAGGUCCAGAUUCUGGCCGAUAGCUAUGGUAAUGCCAUCUCCUUAUUUGGGCGUGACUGCUCCAUUCAAAGACGUCACCAGAAAAUUAUAGAGGAGGCUCCUGCUGCUAUUGCUAAACCAGAAGUGUUUGAACAGAUGGAAAAGGCUGCUGUCACCCUUGCCAAGAUGGUGGGAUAUGUGAGUGCCGGGACCGUAGAGUACCUGUACAAUGCUGAGGAGGAGUCAUUCCAUUUCCUGGAACUCAACCCCCGACUACAGGUGGAACAUCCCUGUACAGAGAUGGUGGCUGACAUCAACCUGCCGGCCGCCCAGCUCCAGAUUGCUAUGGGUAUACCCUUGUAUCGUCUGAAAGAUGUCCGACAACUAUACAACAAAGAGCCCUGGGGAGACAGUGAGAUUGACUUUGAAAAUCCCUCUGUACGCCCUUGUCCAAAAGGUCAUGUCCUUGCUGCUAGGAUCACUAGUGAAAAUCCUGAUGAGGGAUUUAAGCCAAGCUCUGGAACAGUACAGGAGCUAAACUUUCGCAGCAGUAAGGAUGUGUGGGGCUACUUCAGUGUGGCUGCCUCAGGAGGACUACAUGAGUUUGCUGACUCUCAGUUCGGCCACUGCUUCUCCUGGGGGGAGGACCGAGAGGAUGCAAGAGAAAACCUUGUACUCGCCCUGAAGGAGCUGUCUAUCCGCGGUGACUUCAGGACUACAGUAGAAUACCUCAUCAAGGUUCUGGAGACAGAUGAGUACCAGAACAACAUCAUCACUACAGGCUGGCUUGAUAAACUCAUCGCCGAGAAGGUCCAGGCUGAGAAACCUGACACUAUGCUGGGCGUCAUCUGUGGGGCUCUACACAUUGGUGACAAAAUAAUACUCAAGUGCUUUCAGGACUUUCAGACUUCUCUGGAAAGAUAUGUGGAGUUUAUCUGUGAAGGAAUUAAGUAUCAUGUACAGGUUGUGAAAACUGGUCCCACCACCUAUUUUAUUUGUAUGAAUGAUUCCUCUCUGGAUUUGGAGGCCCAUAGGUUGAGUGAUGGUGGCCUGUUACUAUCCAUUGAUGGCUCCAGCUAUGCUACUUACAUGAAGGACGAUGUCAGUAGCUACAGGAUCACCAUAGGCAACAAGACCUGUGUGUUGGAGCGUGAAAAUGACCCCACCAUUCUCAGGUCACCUUCCGCAGGAAAACUGAUGACCUACCUCAUUGAAGAUGGGGGCCAUGUUUUUGCUGGAGAUUUUUAUGCAGAAAUUGAGGUUAUGAAGAUGAUCAUAGAAUUGAGGGUGUCUGAAAAUGGAUGUAUCCACUAUGUGAAGCGGCCAGGCGCUGUGUUGGAUGCAGGAACCAUUGUGGCCAAGCUUGACCUUGAUGAUCCCAGUAAAGUCCAGCAGGCCAAACUGUACACCGGACCCCUCCCAGUCAUCACCCACCAUAUGUCCCGUACCCAUGGUGAACGCAUCCACCAGGUCUUUAAGAGCACACGUAAUGAUCUCGAGAGCAUUCUUGCAGGCUACUCCCUUCCUGAACCAUACAGCAAGAAGCGCACAACCAAAUCUGUGGAAACACUGAUGCAAUGUCUUAAAGACCCAAUGCUACCUCUUCUAGAACUGAUGGACUUACUGUCGAUGAUAUCGGGGAGAAUACCGUCAUCUGUAGUGAAGUCCAUCAAGAAAUUACUGGGCUCCUAUUCCAGUAACAUCACAUCAGUCCUCUGUCAGUUCCCCAGUCAACAGAUUGCCAAUUUCAUAGAUGGACACGCUGCCUCGCUCACUCGACGCACCGACAGAGAAAACUUCUUCAUGACAACUCAGGGAAUUGUCGAGUUAGUUCAGAGGUAUCGUAAUGGUAUCCGAGGCCAUAUGAAAGCGGUUGUAAAGGACUUAUUGAAACAGUAUUUACAUGUAGAGCUUCAGUUCCAACACGGACACUAUGACAAGUGUGUGAUGAAGCUGAUGGAGAAGAACAAGGACAAUAUGUCACAAGUUGUGGGCAACAUCUUCUCUCACAUCGCCAUCACGAACAAAAACAGCCUUGUCAUCAUGUUGAUUGACCGUCUGUGUGGUAAAGAGCCUGGACUGACUGAGGAACUGACCAACAUCCUCACAGAACUGACCACUCUGAAUCAGACUAACAACGCCAAAGUUGCUCUCAGGGCACGACAGGUAUUGAUAGCAGCCCACCAACCUCCAUAUGAACUGAGACAUAACCAGAUGGAGUCCAUCUUCCUGUCUGCCAUUGACAUGUACGGCUCUGAAUUCUGUCCCGAAAACCUCCAGAAACUGAUUUACUCUGAGACAGCCAUCAAUGAUAUACUACAAGAGUUUUUCUGGCACUGUAAUACUCUCGUACAGACGGCAGCACUCGAGGUGUACAUCAGGAGGGCUUACAUAGCCUAUGAGGUGAACUGUUUACGACAUUGUCAAGUAGAUGCAGACCUUUGUGUAGUCGAAUUCAAAUUUCUUCUUCCCAGAUCUCAUCCAAACAGAAGGGACAGUGAGGUAUUAUUCCCAGCGCCUGUAAGCCAGGGAUUUUCUGUAGAUGAGAGCCAACCAAGGAUGAUGGUGAUGAGGUUUGAUAGUACUGAUAAGGUGUCAGAGAUGGCCGAGUCGGAGUCCUCCGCACAUAUUGACCAACUAGAGGAGCAACCCAUGUGUCAGAGGAUGGGCAUCAUCGCCUCAUUCUCAUCCUUUGAGGAUUUCGUCAAGAGCUUUGAGUCUCUGAUGGAACGAUUCACCAACGAACUUGAGUCCCCACCAGACAGUCCCAAACUCCUGGACAGAAGUGUGUCUGUACAGGAGGACACUAUAUCUAUACAGUCGUCAGUGAUGUAUGAAAAAGGCAUCAGAAGGAUCACCUUCCUAGUCACAUACAAGAGACAUUUUCCAAAAUAUUUCACCUACCGAGCUAAGUUUGAGUUUGACGAGGAUAGGAUCUACCGUCACUUGGAACCCGCUCUUGCUUUCCAGCUGGAAAUAAACCGUCUGCGCAACUUUGACCUGGAGGCUAUUCCCACAGCCAAUUACAAAAUGCACCUCUACCUCGGGAAGGCCAAGGUUGCCAAAGGUCAAGAGGUCACUGACUAUCGGUUCUUUGUCAGAUCAAUCAUCAGACACUCUGAUCUUGUCACCAAAGAGGCAUCGUUUGAGUACCUCCAGAACGAGGCUGAGAGGACACUGUUAGAGGCAAUGGACUCCCUGGAGGUGGCCUUCUCUCACCCCCUGGCGAAAAGGACAGAUUGUAACCACAUCUUUCUCAACUUUGUACCCACCUUGACCUUGAACGAACCAGGGAAGCUGGAAGAGACCGUGAGGAGUAUGGUGAUGCGAUACGGCAACAGACUGUGGAGUAUCCGUGUUCUCAGUGCUGAACUCAAGUUUACGAUAAAAAAUGGCUUGACUGGUACAGUUGACCCUAUCCGGCUAUUCCUGACCAAUGAAAGCGGGUAUUACCUGGACAUGAGCCUGUACAAGGAGGUUACAGAUCUAAGCUCAGGACAGGUGAUGUUUGAAGCAUAUGGAACAAAGCAGGGUGCCCUCCAUGGUCUGUUGAUCAGCACACCCUACGUCACCAAGGACCACUUACAACUCAAACGCUUCCAGGCUCAGUCAAGUGGAACCACCUAUGUGUAUGACUUCCCAGAAAUGUUCAGACAGGUGACAAUGAAUUUGUGGAAGGAGCAUGUGACUCGAUAUAAGCUGGAAGAGAGUGACAUCCCCUUGGAAGUCUUCGCCAGCAAGGAGCUUGUGCUAGAUUCUCAGGAUCGACUCUGUGUCCAGAACAGAUUGCCGGGCGAAAAUGAGAUUGGCAUGGUAGCCUGGCAAGUGACAUUGAAAACACCUGAGUACCCCGGUGGGCGAGACGUUAUCAUCAUUGCCAACGACAUCACUCAUAAGAUUGGUUCAUUUGGGCCUAGGGAAGACCUGCUGUUUAAGAGAUCAUCAGAGUUGUCAAGGACUAAGGGCCUACCACGAAUCUACAUCUCUGCCAACAGUGGAGCAAGAAUAGGACUGAGUGAGGAGCUCAAACACCUGUUUAGAGUGGCCUGGCAGGACAAUAAGGACCCUGACAAGGGCUUUAAAUACCUCUAUCUGGCUCCUGAUGACUUCAAGAAGGUGAGUGCCGUGAAUGCUGUCCGGGCAGAACUGAUAGAGGAUGAGGGCGAAUCUCGCUACAAAAUCACAGACAUCAUAGGUAAAGAGGAGGGCCUUGGAGUUGAGAAUCUAAGGGGCUCAGGAAUGAUUGCUGGAGAAACAUCAGCAGCCUAUGAGGAAAUACCAACUAUCAGCUUGGUAACCUGCAGGGCCAUUGGUAUCGGUGCCUACCUUGUGAGGUUGGGACAAAGGACUAUACAGGUGGAGAACUCGCACAUCAUCCUCACAGGAGCUGGUGCUCUCAACAAGGUACUGGGUCGUGAGGUGUACACUAGUAACAACCAGCUGGGUGGAAUACAGAUCAUGCACAGUAACGGUGUAUCACAUGAUGUCGCCAGUGAUGACUUCGAAGGUACCAACAAAAUCCUGGAGUGGCUUUCUUAUAUACCUAAGCACCAUGGAGCACCCCUGCCUGUCUUGCCUGUACUAGAUCCUAUUGAGCGAGAUGUGGACUUUGUACCCACCAAAGCACCAUACGACCCUCGUUGGAUGCUGUCUGGAAGGCCACACCCAGACAAGAAGAAUGAAUGGCAGAGUGGAUUCUUUGACAAGGACAGCUUUAAGGAGAUCCUUCAGCCAUGGGCCCAGACUGUGGUGGUGGGACGCGCCCGACUAGGGGGCAUCCCCAUAGGAGUUAUCAGUGUCGAGACUAGGACAGUAGAGGUCACAAUUCCAGCUGACCCUGCCAAUCUUGAUUCUGAUUCAAAGGUAAUCCAGCAGGCUGGCCAGGUGUGGUUCCCAGAUUCAGCUUUUAAGACGGCUCAGGCCAUUAAAGACUUCAACCGAGAGGAGCUCCCCCUGUUGGUAUUUGCUAACUGGAGGGGUUUCUCUGGGGGCAUGAAAGACAUGUAUGACCAGGUUCUCAAGUUUGGCUCAUACAUCGUGGACGCGCUGAGGGAAUACAAUCGCCCUGUCUUUGUUUACAUCCCUCCUUAUGCAGAGCUCAGAGGAGGGGCCUGGGUAGUCGUUGAUCCCACCAUCAACCCAGUCCAGAUGGAGAUGUUUGCUGACCAACUAUGCCGUGGUGGUGUUCUAGAGCCUGAGGGCACUGUGGAAAUCAAGUUCAGGCGGAAAGACUUAAUCAAGUCAAUGCGACGUUUGGACCCAGGUUGUAAGAAGUUUAUAGAGAAGCUAAAUUCACCAAACCUUGGUGCAGAGGAAAAGGCAACGUUGGAGGAACAGUUAGCUCAACACGAGGAGAGACUUGUACCUAUGUACCACCAAGUGGCUAUACAGUUCGCUGACCUCCAUGACACACCUGGCCGCAUGGAGGAAAAGAAUGUUGUUUCAGCCAUUCUCAAGUGGAAGCGGAGCCGAGAGUUCAUGUAUUGGAGACUGAGACGUCGUUUGCUUGAGUGUGAACUCAAACUAAAGAUGCAUACUUUCACAUCAAACCUGAGUGAAGGACAGCUUAACUCCAGCCUUAGUCGCUGGUUUGUGGAGGACCAAGGCACUGUCAAUGCAUACAUGUGGGAAGAUGACAAAUCAGUAGUAGGUUGGCUGGUAGAACAGCUGGACGAGAACUCUGGCCACAACGCAGUCACAGAGAAUAUUCGCUGUCUUCAGCGGGACCACGUCAUCCACCAAGUCCGCAGCCUUAUCGAGGAUAACCCAGAGGUUACCAUGGACUCCAUCAUACAUAUCUUGCAGCACAUGUCCACUGGUCAACGAGCGGAAGUAUCUCGUAUCCUGACCAACAUGGAAACAUGAUGAGUGUUGUACACUAUUGGGUGACAAAUUGCACAACUGUGAUGGAAUAUCGGGUGCAAAUUCUUACUUCAACAACUGACUAAUCAAUGACUGGUUUGUAAUUAAGUCAAUUACUGGUGUGGAAUUAGUCUUAUAGAUGUAAUUGUUGAUAGGGGAAAUACUUAACCACCGAGGGUAGAUACUCAAUUCUAUGUAGGGGAGAUAAUUACCUAUGUAAAGGAGAUAAUGAUUUAUGUAAGGGAGAUAAUGACUUAUGUAAGGGAGAUGAUUACUUAUGUAAAUGAGAUAAUUACUUAUGUAAGGAAGAUAAUUACUUAUGUAAAUGAGAUAAUUACUGAUGUGAAUGAGAUAAUUACUUAUGUAAAGGAGAUAAUGACUUAUGUAAGGGAGACAAUGACUUAUGUAAAUGAGAUAAUUCCUGAUGUGAAUGAGAUCAUUACUUAUGUAAAGGAGAUAAUGAUUUAUGUAAGGGAGAUAAUGACUUAUAUAAGGGAGAUAAUUACUUAUGUAAAUGAGAUAAUUACUUAUGUAAGGGAGAUAAUGACUUAUGCAAGGGAGAUAAUUACUUAUGGAAAGGGAACAUGAUGACUAAUGUAGAGGGAAGAUAAUCACUUAUUUAAGGGAUAUAACUUUUUAUAUAGGGGAAUUAAAGUCAAAAGGAACUGUUAUCAAUGAUCAGGACAUUUUACAGAAUUAAUUUAUCGUGUUUUGUAUGAUUUAUCAUUAGUUUACCUCAUAAGAUAACAUUAUUUCAGUUUGAUUGUAUUUAUUAUUAAGCAUAUCUGACACAUGAAUUAUUGUGUGAUUGGAAGGUAUUACUGGGGUGAAAUGAAAGAUACUUUUAUGACCAGUCGACAGUAAAUAAUUGUGGAUUGUAAUAAUAUAUCCUGUGAGCAUUCCAUGUAAAAAGUACAGAAAUAUUGAACAAAACAGAUUCAAGGAUAUAUCUGUGUAGCUCACAGAUCCUGGUCAGCAUGUUGGGGAAAGUAUUUGUUUUGUUAAAUUUAGUUGACAUUAAUUUCAAGAAUUCGUUUUUAUAUAGAUAAUACCAUAUUUAUUGAAGAUUAUAUUUUUUGUAUUUAUUUGGAAUUAAAUCAAUGGAGCUAGUUUUCAAGUGCUGUGAUUUCUAUUUCAAAUGGUAAUUUAUUUCAAAUAUUUAUAGUUUCAAUGACUUUUCUUUUAGGAAUUCUGUUCUUAUUUGAGAUAGUAAUUGCAAAUUUGUUUCUUGCCAACGAUUCUUGGGUGCAUUCCCUUUUGUUUUCGAGGGAAAAGAUAGAUCUGUCUUGAUCCUUCUGGAUAAAACAGUCCACAUGCACCUUUGUUCUAAAAAUGUCAUCCCCUAACGACGGGAGUGUAUCACCAUUGCCGCACCAUCAAUGUGCCAUUUAAGUUGACUUGGUGAAGUAGAUAAGUGUGGGAGAAAAACAAUUAAUCAGUCCUAUGUGAUGUGGACAGAGAAAUUUCAGCCCACCCCAGAUAGGAUUUUUGAGGUAUAGAGAAAUUUCAGCCCGCCCCAGAUAGGAUUUUUGAGGUAUAGAGAAUUUUCAGCCCGCCCCAGAUAGGAUUUUUGAGGUAUAGAGAAAUUUCAGCCCUCCUAAAAUAGAAUUUUUGAGGUGCACCACAUGGCAAAGGUUCUUUCUUAACCUAUAAAUCUACUUUGUGUAAUAAGUUUCUGUCUCCAUUAUAUAGAAGGGACUGAUUUUGUGUACGAUGUACUGAUGUGUGCCUGUGUGUAUUGAUCACAUUUUUUAAAAAGAAGUGUUUGUUUAUAUAAAAUUGUCACUACCAGUAAUUUACUUUUCCGGUAUUAGAUUUCACAGAUCCAAUAAACAUUGGAGCUUUUCUGUCAUAGUGCUGCACAAUCAUUGUAAUUAUGUUGUUUUGUUUUAUUUUUAAAACAAGUGGGAUGUCUGGUCUGGUCAGGGUAAAAUUAUGACCGGAUGAAUGACGAUGUGUUUUCUGAAUGUGAACAAUUAUUUUCAUUACCGAUAUAUGAAAUAUGGUGAACACAUACAUUUACAAGUCAUAAAGUUACAUUUCAGGUAGAACUUUACUUUAUUUAGGUGUUUUUUAUGAUUUUUGUUUUGUAUGACAAGAUUGUUUUUGAUAUUGAUUUCAUGUUCUAUAAGUAAUAUUAUAUAGAAUUGUUGAUUGUUGUUUUGUUUUUGUUUUUUUAACUUCUUAAUCAAUUAUUAUUCAAUUAUAAUUAGCGGUUUUAAGAAAUUAUCAUAUUACUGCUAUAUAUAUAUGUCCUAUAUCUGUUUUAGCAUGACUGUAUGUAACCUCCGCGAUGACUAGUAGACAGGUGCCUGGCUCACAGCCUUAUUUUGAUGUAACAGGUCACUAGUGUUAUUUUUGGGCUUUUAUAUCCUGUACUCUUGAAAUCUAUGCUGGAAAUAGCACUGUUAAUUUAAAAGAUCAUUUAUUUUACCAUGUUAAUUAUUCAUGUCAUUAGUUGAUCUUUACUUACAUUAAGAAUUAAUAAACUAUUUCACAAGUUUAGCAAUUUUAAUAUUUAAAUAUAAACUUUAUUUAACAACAAUUAUGAAACAAGUUUAUACAACUUAUACUUAUCACUC